UACAGACUAGGCCUAAUAUUACAAUAUUAUGAUCGAUUUCAGAAUGGCAACCAUCUCAAGCAGACUAUCUAUUAUGAGCGAAUGGAACCGGAAUUUGAGUGAAAAUGAUGGAGUGGCGUGGGUGAACUGCAGAACAGCAGGGCAGAAGGCAAUAGAAGGUGAAUUGAGGUCACAUGGGGUCAAUCACCUUGGGACUCCAGAGGUCACCGCAUCAGAGGGGUUUACUGUGACCGAUGUAACUAAGAGGAAAAUCACCGUGACCUGUCCAGAGAAGAAUGUAUCAGCACAGUUUGUAGCACCCAGCACUGCACUAGAAACUGUCCAUAGUAAGGCUAUUAACAGUUUGGAUAUAUCUGCCGGAGGGGCGCUAGGAGUGUCUGCCAGCUCUGAUGGUCAUCUAAGGAUAUGGGAGACAGCAACAGGAAUCGUUAGGAGGGAGCUAGAGGGCCAUGCGGGCGAAGCAGAGACAUGUCAGUUCUUCCCGUCUGGGAUGGUCGUCUUGAGCGGAGGACUGGACACUCAGCUGAAGGUAUGGUCGGUAGAAGACGGGAGCUGUCCGGUAACGCUCACUGGUCACAAACGAGGUAUCCAAGACACUGCCGUCAUAGACAAAGGAAGGAACGUCAUCUCUUGUUCAUUGGAUGGGUCAGCAAGGUUAUGGGACUGCGGUCAAGGAAAGUGCCUCGAGGUCAUAGGUCAAGGGUCAGAUGCAAUCAAUGGCUGCGCCGUGGCCCCGGUUUGCGACGGUGUAGAUCUCGGCGCCUCGGGUAGCCCUUCGUCUGAACGAGAAGUAGGCACCGAUGGCAAGCUGUUACUCUUAGCCAGAGAAGGAGGCAGUCUGGAAGGCUAUGGGUUAAAAAGUAGACAAAAGGUAUUCAGUAUGUCUGGCUCUUCCCCAUUCAACUGUUGCACGUUCCUCUCAUCACAAAUCAUGGCUGGAGGAGCAGACGAUGGAAACAUCUAUCUUGUCGACAUCAGGAACACAAGUGAACCUCAGUCUGUGAUCCACCAAUCGGCAUCCCCUGUGAAAUGCAUGCUGGGAUAUCAAGAUGGAUUCAUCACCGGCACAAACUAG